AAUUGAAGUUUAAAGAGAAAAUAAAUAUUUUUUUUUUAUAUAAACGUAAAUAUAUAUGCACAUGUGUUUAUAUAUUUAUAAAAAAAAAAAAACUUUCAAGAUAAAAAUCUCAAAAUAAUUCUCAGAUAUUUUAUAUCAAAAGUUUAUCUAAUAAAGAGCAGUGUGUGAUAACACAAAAAAAUACUGUUUAGAUUAGAUUAAGCACAAUACUAGCCAAUAAGAUAUACGUGCAUAAGUAUAUUUAUAUAUAUAUUUUUAUAAUUAUUAUAAGAUAGAGAAAAAAAAUUCUAUGAGUAAUAAUAAUAAUUCGUUGUAUCCUCAGUUGAAAAUGGCUGGUUUACAAGAAAACACAACAACGAAUGGAAUGGAAAGAGGUGAUAAUGGACAUCCUCAGGAAGAGAUACCUUUACAAAGAUUAACAUCUGAAGAACAGAGAGCUGCUGAAACAGCUGAAAGGCAAAAAGUUUAUGAAUUAUUUAAGAAGUAUGAUACAAAUAAUGAUGAUCGAUUAAAUUUAAAAGAAUUAAAGGUAAUGAUCAAAGGUGGAUUAUGCCGACAAAUGUCACGUGGAUUAUCACAUCAUUUAAUACAUAUGAAUGAUAGAAAUGGUGAUAGACAUUUGGAUUUUGAAGAAUUUUAUGAGUUAACACAAAAUAAUAAAUGGUUAAUUUCAUCGGUAAUGAAUGAAUAUUGUCGUUUACUUGUUCCAUUACCUAAUAGAGAAAUUGGAGAUCAAAUUGAUGGAGCAUAUGAACGACAAAUGACAUUUUGUCCACCACCAUUAACUAUGGUUAUUUUUUCAUUGAUUGAAGUAAUUUUCUUCUUAAUAGAUGUUAUUUACUUUAAAGAUGAUCCUAAUAAUACUAAAAAAGUUGGUGAAAAUACAAAUGGUCCAGCAGCUAAAUUAUUUAUUUAUAAUCCAUAUAGACGUUAUGAAGCAUGGCGUUUUGUUACUUAUAUGUUUGUACAUGUUGGAAUAAUGCAUUUAUUUAUGAAUUUAUUAAUUCAAAUAUUAUUGGGUGUAGCAUUAGAAUUGGUUCAUCAUUGGUGGAGAAUAACAUUAAUAUAUUUAGCUGGUGUUUUAGCCGGUUCUAUGGGAACAUCUUUAACUAGCCCAACAAUAUAUUUAGCUGGAGCUUCUGGUGGUGUUUAUGCUUUAAUUACAGCUCAUAUUGCAACUAUAAUUUUGAAUUGGAAAGAAAUGGAAUUUGCAAUUAUACAAUUAUGUGUAUUUUUAAUAUUUUGUUUAACUGAUUUGGGUACAUCAAUUUAUCGGCAUAUGACAGAUCAAAAUGAUCAAGUUGGUUAUGUUGCACAUUUAUGUGGAGCCUUAGCUGGUUUACUUGUUGGAAUUGGUGUUUUAAGAAAUUUGAAAGAACAAAAAUGGGAAAGAAUUUUAUGGUGGGUUGCAAUUUUAGUAUUCUUUGCAUUAUUAAGUGCUGGAAUAUUAAUACAUAUAUUCGAUCCAAGUCAUUUUCCAAGACAAGAUUAUUUUCCAAGAAAUACAAGUUGGGAGAGUAUACGAUCAAAUAAACUUUAAUUAUUAAAUUUCUUAAUAUUGAAAACAGUAUAAAUUUAUAUACAUAUAUAUGUUUUUUUUAAAACAAUUAAAAACAACCAAAGUGCCUGUUAAUAUAUUAAUAUGUAUUUGGAUUUUUUAAGAAAAAAAAAAUUAUUUAAAACAAAGUCAAAAAUUGAUUAUUAAUUUUUAUACUCAUUGUACUUUUUAAAAGUUUAUAUAUAGUAAUACAUAUUUAUUAUAUUUCACUAAAUUUUGUAGCACAUAAUAAAUGAAAAAUUUACGAUAUUAACAGAAAGUACGUUUUGUUCUAAACAAUUUAUAAGUAAAAAAAAAAGGCAAAAUAAAUUUUGAAAGUAUUAGCAGGGUUUUUAUAUUUUAACUUCUCAAUAAAAUACAUAUUAGGUUAUGAUUUAAAAAUAUUAGUAGAUAAUGAACAAUACUUAGUAUAAUUAAAAAUUUAUUUACUUAAGUUUGUGCAAUUACAAUAAAUUUUUAAUAUUUAAUUUUUUUUUUGAAUAUAAGUUACUUCUUAUAUUUUGU